UGUGUCAGAGAGAGAGGAAAAGAGAUGGUAAAACCGUGUCUUUUUGCUUGACUCAUAAGGGCCUGCAGUUACAACCGGUCAAAUCCAUCUUCAGGCCCUAAGAUGUGCUGAUGGGUGAAAACUAAACAGCUCGGAGGGUUUAUUAAGUGGGCCAGUUUCCAUAGCGACGCUUUGGCAGGAUAUUGCCAGGAUAAGCCGUAAUGGGUCUCCUGACGCAGUUCACUCUGCUCCUGUGGAAGAACUUCACUCUCCGGAAGAGACAAAAGGUGCGGCUGGUCGUUGAAGUGGUAUGGCCUCUGUUUCUCUUCAUCAUACUGGUGUGGGUGCGGUCCACCAAUGAUCCAAUUUAUAAAGGCCAAUGCCACUACCCAAAUAAAGCCAUGCCGUCGGCUGGCGUGCUUCCCUGGCUUCAAGGUAUGAUGUGUAACAUCGACAAUCCCUGUUUGAAGUACCCAACGCCGGGGGAGAUGCCAGGCCAAGUCAACAACUUCAACAACUCCAUAGUUGCCAGGAUGUUGAUAGAGCUGCAAACCCUCCUAGUGAACAGAUCUAUUCUCAGCAAGGCACAGUUGCUGGCAGAUGACCUCGACCAGUGGGAUUCAGCCCUGUCACAGGCUAACCCUGGUGAUGCUCAACCAGUGAUCCUACGGAGUAUUCUCAGAGACAAUGAAACUUUCUCUACUCAUCUGAAAGAGAAUCUGUCGCUGCCACCAACGGUGGUCCAAAGCCUCAUGAAUGCUGAGAUUAAACUCAAUCCAAUGAUGGGCACCCCGAGGCCAGGCAACCUGAAGAGCAUCCUGUGCGAGGGGACAGAUCUGGACGAGUAUAUCCAAUUUAGCAGCCGAGCUGAAAAGGAGGCUUUUCAAAAUGUCAGCUGCUCCCGCGAUCCACAGCAACUGAUUAAUGCCCAGCAAGUACUCCUGCAAAACCUGGAUGCCGGGAAAGUGCUUUCUGAGGUACCUUCAGCUCUGGAUCUGAAUGUAACAGACACAGUCACACUGAUUGGGAAAACCAUUCGAGAUGCAUUACCAGUGAUUGAGGAGAUGGCCAGAUUGCAGAACUCCAUGAUCUUUAAGGCUGCUGGUUCUUUGGAUUUCCAAAAGGACAUGAUUGGCAGUAUCAAUAUGCUACUUUGUGGAAAGCAGCCUGCCAUCAGUUUACGCUCACCUAGACGGAUGGAUAACAAGGCGAAUGUCUCCAUUCCGAGCAACAGUUCCGAUGCUUUUUGUCAGACUCUUGUCAACACCCUGGAGGGCACACCUGGUCUGCGCUACAUUUGGAGCACCUUCAAGCAGUUACUGCAAGGAAAAGUCCUCUACACACCUGAUACACCUGCUGUUCGUCUCAUGGUGAAAGAGGCAAAUAGCACAUUCAAUGCCCUGGCUAUGCUUAAAGAGAUCGCUGAUUCGUGGGAUGAACUUGGGCCUCGUGUCUGGGAUUUUUUUCAAAACGGCCGUCAAGUCAACGCAUUACGGGCUUUCCUGGCAAAUCCAGUGUUUGCUGCUGCCCUCAACCAGCGUCUCAACAGCACGGGAUGGACAGGCGAGCUGCUGGCCAACUUCCUGUACAACGGGCCUCCAGAGGAUCGUCCACCCGGCAUGCCGCCUUACGACUGGCGGAAUGCUUACAACACCACUUCCAAAAUCUGGAAGCUUCUCUCUGACUUCCUUGGUUGUUUGGAACUGGAUAAGUUUGAGGCGGCCCCUACCGAAAGCCAUCUGGUGAGCAGAGCACUGGAGCUUCUGAACAAUGAUACGUUGUGGGCUGCCAUCGUCUUUGAAAACCUCCAGCCGAACUCCAGCCACCCCCCUCCAUAUGUCAAAUACAAAAUCCGCAUGGACAUUGAGAUGGCAGAGCGUACCAACAAAGUGAAAGAAGGGUCAUGGUCUCCCGGGGCUCGAGACAACUCCUUUAACGACCUGCGCUAUAUAUGGGGAGGCUUCGCCUACCUGCAGGAUAUGAUGGACCAUGGUAUUAUACGAGCACAGACGGCAAAGACCCAAACACUCGGAGUUUUUGUACAGCAAAUGCCAUACCCCUGCUACGUGGAUGACGGCUUCAUCCAGAAUAUUGGCGGCAUCCUCCCCAUGUUCCUGGUGCUGGCCUUCAUGUACACCGUGUGCAUGAACAUCAAAGACAUUGUGCUGGAGAAGGAACUCCGGCUCAAGGAAGUACUGCGUGUUGUUGGCAUUCAAAACGGUGCCCUGUGGUCGGCAAGGUUCACAGAGAACAUUGUUCUGCUCGCAGUUCCCUGUGCGCUCAUGAGUGUCAUAGUUAAGUAUGGCAAAGUGCUGCAAUACAGUGACCCCUCGGUGAUCUUUGUCUUCCUGCUGGUGUUCUGCCUGGCCACCAUCACUCAGUGCUUCUUCAUUAGCGUCUUCUUCUCUAAGGCCAAUUUAGCAGCGGCGUGCGGUGGCCUCAUCUACUUUGUCCUCUACCUGCCGCACGUCCUUUGCUACGCCUGGAGGGACGUCAUGGGUUUGCAGGCCAAGGUUGCAGUGAGUUUGUUGUCAUGUGUGGCCUUUGGCUAUGGCUGUGAGAACUUUGCCAAGUACGAGGAGCAAGGCAUCGGUAUUCAGUGGCACAACAUCAACAAGAGUCCAGAAGAGGGAGAUCACUACACCUUCAUCGUGUCCAUCAUCAUGAUGCUCUUUGAUGCUGCCUUCUACUGGGUGCUCACCUGGUACAUUGAGAAUGUCUUUCCAGGCCAAUAUGGAAUCCCGAAGCCGUGGUACUUCCCAUUCACUGCAUCCUACUGGUGUGGGACAGCUUCGGCGAUUGCCAUUGACCCCGGCGUGCUCAAGAACUCCACUGAACAUAACGAUUAUCUGGAGAAACCAUCACCCAAUAUGACAGCAGGGGUCUCAGUCCGCAAUCUCGUUAAAAUCUACAAGACGGGAAAGAAGCUCGCCGUGGACGGACUGAGUAUGGACUUUUACGAGAAUCAGAUCACAUCUUUUCUCGGCCACAAUGGAGCCGGAAAAACGACCACAAUGUCAAUUCUGACAGGACUGUUCCCACCUACAUCAGGAACAGCUCUCAUCAACGGAUAUGACAUCCUUACUGACAUGGACAGCAUCCGAAAGUACUUGGGAAUGUGCCCGCAGCACAAUGUCUUAUUCAACGAACUGACAGUGGAGGAGCAUAUCUACUUCUACGCCAGGUUGAAAGGACUCAGCCGCGACGAGGUGAAAAUUGAGAUGGACCAGAUGAUUAAGGAUGUCGGUUUACCACAUAAGCGGAAGGAUCUUGCUAAGAACCUGUCAGGUGGGAUGCAGAGGAAGCUGUCCGUGGCUAUAGCAUUUGUCGGCGGCUCAAAAGUUGUCAUCUUAGAUGAACCCACAGCUGGAGUGGACCCCUAUGCCCGCAGGGGUAUCUGGGAACUUCUGUUAAAAUACAAACAAGGUCGCACCAUCAUUUUGUCUACACACCACAUGGAUGAGGCAGACAUCUUAGGGGACCGCAUUGCCAUCAUCUCCAACGGCAAGAUGCGCUGCUGCGGCUCCCCACUCUUCCUAAAGAAACGUUUCGGCAGCGGCUACUACCUCACUCUGGUCCGAGAUGGGACUGAGAAGAUGACAUCUCAGCGUGAUGGUAUCGUACGCCAUCAAGCCAAAGAGGAGGAAGACUGUCCUUCGAGGAACAGCAGCCUGGAUGAUGGCUUUGGCAGCCAGAGCUGGGACAAAUCUGAUCGCUCAGAUUUGACAGCUGUGGAUGAAAUAGUGCGGCGCCACGUCCCUGAGGCAGUCUUUUUGGAGAGCAUCGGUCAGGAGAUCACCUACAUACUGCCUUAUGGUGGAGCUAGAGAUGGGACCUUUGCUCUAUUGUUCCAAGGGCUUGACCUGGCCAUGGCUGACCUUGGCCUGACCAGCUACGGCAUCUCUGACACCACGCUGGAGGAGAUAUUUCUUAAAGUGGCAGAAGAUACUGGAGUGGAUGCAGAAAUACCAACAACAAAGGAGCCGUCGGUGAGAGACUGCAAAAGAGGCUCCCGCAACUCCAAGCGGAACAGCAUCGCCAGCGUCCACAUGAAAACAGAGCAAGCCUCUGGAAUGAGUGAAUUAAAGGAAAGGUUCACAAGUAAAGUGGAAGACUUAAAGAAGAACGCCAGUGUCAGUGGGAAGGGAUCCACGGUCAUCACCGGAUGGGAGCUGAUCAGGAGGCAGUUCCUGGCGCUUUUUAUCAAGCGCUUCCACCACGCCCGAAGGAGCCGCAAGGGACUCAUUGCCCAGGUGGUCCUGCCUGCUGUUUUUGUGUGCCUGUCUCUGAUCUUCUCGCUCAUCCUCCCACCAUUCACUGAAUACCCGAGUCUGGAGCUGCAACCUUGGAUGUACGGUCUGCCUCAAACCACCUUUUACAGCAAUGAUGGGCCAGAUAAUGUGGAGGUGUCUAAGGUGGUGGAAACCUUGGUCAACAAGCCUGGCUUUGGGACUCGCUGCAUGAAUGGAGACCCAAUACCGAACUUACCAUGUUCUGCCAGUGGCUCUGAUUGGUUCACUCCAUCCGUGGAUCAGUCCGUCACUGACAUCUUCCUCAACGGGAAUUGGAGCAUGUCUAACCCCUCCCCUUCCUGUCAGUGCAGCACGCCUAAACGGACGAUCAUGUUACCCGACUGUCCCCCUGGUGGAGGAGGGCUCCCUCCACCUCAGAGGAUCCAGAACACAACGGACACAUUGUUGGAUCUAACUGGACGGAACAUGUCGGACUUCUUGGUCAAGACUUAUGAAGGCUCGGGUAAAACAAGGUACGGAGGCAUCUCUGUCGGAGUCGUCAACUCCCAAGUCUGUCUGAGCGAGGCAGCAAUCAAAGCUUCAUUCAGGGAUGUAAAAGACCUAUUCGGUCCCUUUCAGGAUAAUGUGACUGACCAGAUCUUCCAGAAGGCUGAGACGUUGCUGAAGAAGCUGGGAACCAGGGACAACCUCAAGGUGUGGUUCUACAACAAGGCAUGGCAUGGUAUGGCGUCCUUCCUCAGUGUGGCAAACAACGCCAUCCUGAGGGGAAACCUGCCGGCGGGACAGGAUCCCAGCCAGUAUGGCAUCUCUGUGUCCAAUCACCCCCUCAACCUCACCAAGGAGCAGCUCUCCUUUGUAGCCAUGGCCACGACCUCCAGUGACGUGGUGGUGUCCAUCUGCGUUAUCUUUGCCAUGUCCUUCAUCCCGGCCAGCUUUGUCCUCUUCCUCAUCCAAGAGAGGGUGAACAAAGCCAAACAUCUGCAAUUUGUCAGUGGAGUAAACCCAGCUGUCUACUGGUUGGCCAAUUUUGCCUGGGACAUGUGUAACUACAUCAUCCCGUGCUUGAUUGUGAUUGUGAUCUUCCUCUGCUUCCAACAAAAAGCCUACGUUUCACCUCCUAACCUGCCUGCUUUGAUUCUGCUGCUUAUUUUGUAUGGGUGGUCCAUCACCCCCAUGAUGUACCCAGCCUCCUUCAUCUUCAGCGUGCCCAGCACGGCCUACGUGGUGCUGACUUGCCUCAACCUCUUCAUUGGCAUUAACGGCAGCAUCGCGACCUUUGUGAUGGAGCUCUUUGAUGAUGAUAAUGUCACCCGCAUCAAUGACAUCGUGAAAAACGUGCUGCUGAUAUUCCCACAUUUCUGUCUGGGCAGAGGUCUAAUUGACAUGGCCAAGAACCAGGCAAUGGCCACCCUCUUCAGCAGUUUUGGGGAAGAUCGUUUCAAGGACCCACUGAGCUGGGAUAUGGUGGGAAAGAACCUUUGCGCCAUGUCCAUCCAGGGAGUCGUCAUGUUUUCCAUCACAAUCCUCAUCCAGUACAAGUUUUUCUGCAAACCAAGGCUUAUUUCAGGAAAACCAUUACCUGCAGAGGAGGAGGAUGUCGAUGUCGCUCGGGAACGCAAGCGCUUGUAUGAAGGCAAGGCCCAGAAAGACCUUCUGAGGAUCUGCGACCUCACUAAGGUAUACUCUCGGAAGGGCACCCCUGCUGUGGACAGGCUAUGUGUGGGAGUACCCGCCGCAGAGUGUUUCGGCUUGCUGGGAAUCAACGGGGCUGGGAAAACCACCACGUUCAAGAUGCUGACGGGAGACAUCCCAGUCUCCAGUGGAGAGGCCUUCCUAAAUGGAUACAGCAUACGAACAGAAAUGAGGGACGUGCACCAGCACAUGGGCUAUUGUCCCCAGUUUGACGCUAUUGAUGAACUGCUGACUGGACGAGAGCAUCUUGAGUUUUACGCCAGGUUACGAGGGGUACCAGAAAAAGAGGUCACCAUGGUGGCCGAGUGGGGGAUCCAGAAAUUGGGGCUGGUCAAAUAUUCCAACAAGUCGGCAGGAACCUACAGUGGUGGGAACAAACGCAAACUGUCUACAGCGAUAGCCCUGAUCGGUUGUCCUCAAGUCAUCUUCCUGGAUGAACCAACAACUGGGAUGGACCCCAAAGCUCGGCGCUUCCUGUGGGACUGCCUCCUAAGCGUCAUCAGAGAGGGACGAUCAGUCAUUCUCACAUCACACAGUAUGGAGGAGUGUGAAGCACUGUGCACACGCAUGGCCAUCAUGGUCAACGGUCGCUUCAAAUGCCUCGGAAGCAUCCAGCAUCUGAAGAGCAGAUUUGGUGAUGGCUACACUGUGAUUGUGAGGGUUGGUGGCUCUCCUCCUGCAUUGAAGCCAGUUGAGGACUUCGUCCAGCAGUCCUUCCUGGGCAGCGUCCUGAAGGAGAAGCAUCACAACACGCUGCAGUAUCAUUUCCCGUACACACCGGGAGCUUUGGCCAACAUCUUCAGCCAGUUCACCAGCCAUCAGCAGAGGCUGGGUGUGGAGGACUACUCCGUGUCCCAGACCACACUCGAUCAGGUCUUUGUGAACUUUGCGAGGCACCAGCAAGGGGAAGAGGACUCUCAGGCCUAUGACAACGCGGUGGACACUUCAGAUGAGCUGCCGAUGAAGUCUGUGAAGACCUACCAAGAAGCAGAGACUGCGUAACACCCAUUACACACAUUACGAUUACAGGGGGCCGGCAAUAUACUUUAAACAAGCUUAAAUUGGUGUCAUUUCCACGGGCAGAAUGAUGGGCUCAAACCACUUGUGCAGCAUUGUUAUUGACUGGUAUUGGUCAACAAUGACAUCUACUGUAAUUGUUUGUGUUGUCUUCCAUAAUCACCCUAGCCUAACCAUCUCCAACACACAACUCAUCUAAAUCUCGAGUUACAGUGAGUGUACACUGCAAAAAAACUUUCAUUCUCUCAGGCAUUCUGUGUUUCCUUCAAAUAUUUAUUCUCCUGGAGCUCAGAUUUUCUCUCAGUUAAUGCUGUCUCUGCAAAGUCAACACCAUAGACUGUAUAGAAUAUGGAUGGAGUCUCCGUACCCCCACCCAUAGGUCUCUGAAGUGCUGUUGUAAAGCACAGGCUCAGGCUGUCCCCAUCUUGGCAGUGACGACACAGCCUAACUCUAAAAAAUGGGCAAAGAGGUGGAUCGUCGGAAGAACUGAGGCGGGGUCAGGUGAUGCAGCAGAGAAGUUGGCAAGCUAUAGGGAACCGGUACGGCACCCACCUGUCACUCAAAGCGGCCCCCGCCCAUAAUUUUGUUUAACUUUAAGCCUUAAUAUAAUUUAAACGGGUGAGUUGUAUAAAAAUCCAGCCCCCACCAGGCUGUAAACAAAGAUUUUGGGAGGGAUAAUUCUGUCCUCCCAAAAUAUUGAUCGGGACAACGCCAGCUUGAUUUACUUUGAAGUAUAUUGCUGACCGUAGCAAAGUGGAGGACCAAAUGGUCUUCUGAAAGCAGCAUACUUUGCACAAUAUUUAGGACACCGCAGGAUUGAACUUCAAAUGACAUUAUGUUUGAGAUUUUUUUAUUGUUUAUAUGAUCAUAUUUUGAAAUGUAAAACUGAAUAAAAAAGAGGAGCUUGCCCUGAUGUUUUAGGUGGGUGUUAUCAGGUCAGAUAUUAGGUCACUUACACUGAUAUUUAUAUAAAUCAAUAAAUAUCAACAAGCGACUAAUGUAAGAAUAUUUGUCUUCAAACACAUUGAUCCACAGUUAGUUCCAACCUCAUGUUGGGAUUUUCUAAAAGGCACUUUAAUGAUUGACUUUGAUAAGAAAUGUUAAAGGAAUACGUCACCCAUAAAACCCAUUUCUUUAUCAAUCACUCACCCGCUGUUAUUUAGAAUUGUAAUUAAAUUAUACAACAUAUCUAUAAUAUGUUAUCUAUAAAAUGUAUCGCUGUUAAAUGGUCUGUACUGCUUAUCUCAGACGAAUUAAAAAUGUUAUGUAAUGUUUUAUGUGCUAUCUUGACUCAGGAAUAUCUACAUUUAAAUCUAGAGAAUAGUUCAUCGCUACAUUCUCUUCUGUACUGUACAACAUUGAGAGACUGUAGUAAGUGGCCUAACGAUUACAAACCUGAUGCUGCUUGCAUUGCUUGGCACUUAUAUCAGAAUGUAAAUACUUCCUCACUUUACCCUUCACCGGCACUCUGGUUUACUUUGAGAGCUUGACGUCGUUGUUAUACUGUGCUCAAAUGACUGUCAUGCCCGUUGCAAAGAAUAAUGAAUCCCAUCUACACCGAGUCCUGCCAAGACAAAUGAUUAAACAUUUGCACAAAUUCUAA